AACGCACACAACGUGCUCUAAAACCAGCGUAGUGACGUAACGUCUUUGUGUUGGCAAAUCACGGUGAACGCUGGGCGGGCAUUGUGAAGCUGUAGUUGAGUGUUAGCAGGCUAACUAGAGAAAGAAAGCUAACUAAUCGUGAGAGUAGAAGUGGAGCUAACGUUAAAGGCAACUGUCAAAACAGCAAGGGGAGCAGUAUUUUUUAGUUAUAAUUCCGUUAGAUGACUAGCUACAUGAACAGGUGUGUAGCUAGUUAAUCAGAGACCGUGUUUGUCAGAUGCCCGAGGAGCAUUUUGGAUACUACAUCGAUUGUCCCAUUUCUAAACGGAAACCAUUUCUGGACAAACAGUUCGUAACUAGCUAGCCAGCUAGCUGAAUCAUCCAGGAGACUUUUCAUUGUCACCUACAAACCCAAACUGAAUGUUUUGUCUGUCAUGAGUCCGGCCGGGUGCUCCCAUGUUAACGGUUAUAAGGUGGAUAAUUGGAAACAAAAUCUUCGAGUCAUAUACCAAUGCUUUGUUUGGAGUGGUACUGCUGAGACAAGGAGACGCAAGGUGCUUCAGAGUGAUGCAGGAUGGACAGAGCUGGCCAAGUCGUGUAUCUGUCACAUGUGUGGCGCCCACCUGAACCGACUCCACUCUUGUCUCUACUGCGUAUUUUUUGGCUGUUUUACGAAGAAACACAUCCACGAGCACGCAAAAAACAAGAGACACAAUCUAGCAAUAGACUUAUUAUACGGGGGAAUUUAUUGUUUUGUGUGUCAAGACUACAUAUACGACAAAGACAUGGAGCAGAUUGCCAAAGAGGAACAGAGGAAAGCCUGGAAAUUGCAAGGCAUAGGGGAGAAAUACACAACAUGGGAGCCGACCAAGAGGGAGCUAGAAUUAUUACGACACAAUCCAAAGCGGAGGAAAAUCACUACAAACUGUACCAUAGGUUUACGAGGGUUAAUAAACUUGGGCAACACAUGUUUCAUGAACUGUAUUGUUCAGGCCCUAACACACACGCCGCUGCUUCGAGACUUCUUUCUCUCCGACAGACACAAGUGCGAGAUGCAAUCAAACUCCUGUCUGGUGUGUGAGAUGUCGCAGCUCUUUCAGGAGUUCUAUUCGGGCCACCGGUCACCCCACAUUCCCUUCCGGCUGCUGCACCUGGUGUGGACUCAUGCACGUCACCUCGCAGGCUACGAGCAGCAAGACGCCCACGAAUUCCUCAUCGCAGCAUUAGACGUUCUACAUAGGCACUGCAAAGGGGACACCAUCAGAGAUGACAAUGGGAAGAAGGCCAACAAUCCAAACCACUGUAACUGCAUCAUUGACCAAAUCUUCACUGGGGGCCUGCAAUCAGAUGUUACCUGUCAAGUUUGCCACGGGGUUUCCACGACGAUAGAUCCAUUCUGGGACAUCAGUCUGGACCUUCCUGGCUCAUCAACGCCUUUCUGGCCCCUCAGCCCGGGGGGGGAUGGCAGCACAGUCAAUGGAGAGAGCCAUCUGUCAGGGUCCACCACUCUCACAGACUGCCUACGCAGGUUUACGCGGCCAGAGCAUCUAGGAAGCAGUGCCAAAAUCAAGUGUGGCGGUUGCCAUAGCUACCAGGAAUCUACCAAACAGCUGACAAUGAAGAAGCUCCCCAUCGUAGCAUGUUUCCAUCUUAAACGGUUUGAGCACUCUGCCAAACUGCGGAGGAAGAUCACUACAUAUGUUUCCUUCCCCCUAGAGUUAGACAUGACGCCAUUCAUGGCAUCCAGUAAAGAGAGCAGAAUGAAUGGGCAGUAUCAACAGACGGUUGAUGUACUAAACAACGACAAUAAGUAUUCCUUGUUUGCUGUGGUCAACCACCAAGGCACAUUAGAGAGUGGCCACUACACCAGCUUCAUCCGCCAGCACAAAGACCAGUGGUUCAAAUGCGAUGAUGCCAUAAUCACCAAGGCCAGCAUUAAGGAUGUACUCGAUAGUGAAGGAUAUCUCUUAUUCUACCAUAAACAGUUCCUUGAGUAUGAGUAGUCUUUGUGACCACUGACCAUGAAGAACCACUGCUUCUACUGUGAGAGCCAAUGGACUGGGGACAGGAUGAAACACAAUUACACAACCUACCUGAAACUCUUUGACUAACCAGUCUGCUCCUCCAGCUCUGGAGGACAAAAAUAAAAAGACGUGUGAAUUCAUGCAACCUUUCAAAAGACAACAAAAACAAACAAGCACUGAGCUACUUCUUGGCAUCUACUUGACAAAACUGAAUGAAGAGGAGUGUAGAACGAGGAAGAGUCAGGCGUCGUCAGUUCCAGGCUUGGGAGGAGUGAAGAGGUCCCACACCCCUCACGUUCUCUCCCUUCCCCUAGGGGGACAGGGGCUGUCUUGAGUGUUGAUUGGGCACAUCUGGAUUUUUCUUACAGUAUUCUGACCCCCUCCACUACACACACACACACACACACACACACACACACACACACACACACACACACACACACACACACACACACACACACACACACACACCCUCUCCAUUUCUCUCCCAUGGUGCUAUCGUUUCAACUGACCAAGCAUUUAACUUGAUUAUGCUGACCAAGCAUUUAACUUGAUUUGUUGUCAUAUGCAUAUGGGACUGAACGCAAAACGUAAUAGAAUCAACGUGUUAUGAACUUUGCAAGAACAUUUUUUUUUAAGGUAUGGUUAUGAUUCUUAUCAUUUGUGAAUUUAGUUAUUCCGUACUGUAUAAAUCUCGUAUACAUCUAUUGUUUAAGAGCAAAAAAAACAACAUGGGAGAGCUUAGAGACGCUGCCUUUGCCAGUUCCUGGGGAUGUGCUGCCAUGGAAACUAAGCGGAUUUGGACAUAAGUGUGCCCUUGUUCCAUUAUUUACUGUGUUGAUUGUUUUAUUUUUAAGUCUGGUUGAGGGCAGGGAAUAUCUAUUUUUUUAGCAACACAUUGAAUUUUUGUUUACUGUUUUUUCAGUGUCUUUAUUUUGAUUUCUUUUUACAUUUCAGUACAGUCAUAUUUCCCUCUGUUCUUGUACUGGAAAUGUUUUUGGACGUGUUAUACUUUCAUUCUUGUGGAAUUGUUGGUAUAAUGAUGGUGAUGGUUAAAUUGGCUAACCUUUUGCUGUUUAUGAAUUGUAUGUUGAAUGUGAGCUUUGGGUUUUGUAUGGCAUUCUGAAGAGAAGACUCGAUACAUGAACUCCAAAUGAGAUCUUAUAAUGUGAGAAUGCGGUGGUCUCGCCUCACUUAACACCUUGAAUGCUCUGUGCAAAAACAAAAAAAAAACUGCCCAUUUAACAACACUGCAUGCAACUGGGCUCUCAUGAUCUUAUAUGUGAAAAAUUGCCCUCACCAUCAACUCCAAGGCCUGGUGCCAAUCAUGAUUUUUUUGAGAGGUUUGGGGAUGGGAAGAUGGAUCAUGUGAGAUAUAUAUAUAUAUACGGGGUAAAACACAUUGCACGUAUAUGGGCACUGUGCGACCAUAGCCUGGUCAUGAAUACAUCAGUGUUAAAACUUCUCCAUGGCAACUGUCUGUGUGGCUGGUGUAGACCAGUGUGGUUUGUGGUGUCUUGCCUCUGCAGUGCAUUAAACCCAGUGCUCUAUUCAAUCAGUAUGCUGUCAAGUCAGACUCAAGAUAAUGCACAUACACAUCAGGGUGUUGUGAUCUGUUUUGUUUUUAAAUAUCACUGAUUGUGUAUGUACAGUAUAUAUAUAUAUAUAAAAAGACUAAAAAUAUUCACUCAUGUAUAAGAUGAGGGCCCUAACCUAUCACAGUAAUGCCACAUAAAAACACAACUCCUGGUUGUUUAGCUGCUCUAUAACUUAAAACAAACAUGCAUAGCCUUUGGUCUGCUGCAGAACCUCAACUAGAGGGCAACAGCGGAUGUCCGAACAGUAAAAUCAAAGACUUGUGAAAUGAUCGCACUUUGGUUUUGAUGUAUCAUGGAGCAGUUAAGGCCACCCAAGGACAUUCAGGGAUGCAGCUGAAACGAGAAGGAAGAGGAGAGCUUCAUUAUCCGUUUCAGUGAUUAAACUCAGAACAAAACUGGAA